AUGAAUACCCUCCAACCGUCCUAUACCACAACCAAAGCAGCAGUCCUCGCAAAUGCCCUCUGCCUAGGUUUCGACCUCGAAAAGCUAACAAACUGCAAAACCACAUAUAUGUCACCAUUUUUCCAGCCCAUCACAGAAAAGAAAAGUCCACAAGCACUUGUUGCAUCGACCUUCAGCACCUCAAUCCCUGUCCACUUGCAACCGACCAUGGCGCAGAUCCUCAUCCCGCACCACGCCAGUCUGGACUUGAUUCCGCUGCCGCUCUUCCGAGAACGUGCUAUUAUGAUGUCAUUUGCCAUGCCUGAUGUCUUUGAUCUCUGGGAUUUGAAAUUGGAUAUCUACAUUCGAGAUGCGCUUGUGUGUCGGCGUCAUAGGCCUGGCGAUGCCUGUCAGCCCUGGAAUAAGAAGAGCUGGGAGGGGAUGCCUUGGUUCUGGACAAAAUGGGGAAUGGCGACAUAG